CUACCCUUCCAUAUCAUUUCAGUUUCUAUCGAUAUCUCUAUCUCGUCCAUAUCCGACUCCUUCCUAGUCCUCUCCAGAAACCAGAUCUCCGAAUCUGUUCUCUUCUUUGCCCUUCCUUGAUCGGAUCGAGUAGGAGGAUCAACCAGUAUGACCAGGGACAGGAAGAUCGGAGUGGCCGUCGACUUCUCCAAGGGAAGCAAGCUGGCCCUGAAAUGGGCCAUCGACAACCUCGUCGACAAGGACGACACUCUCUACAUGCUCCACGUGAAGCCCUUCGUCGGGGACGAGUCUCGCAACCUCCUCUGGUCCGCCACCGGCUCCCCUCUGAUACCCCUGUCGGAAUUCCGGGAGAAGGCGGUCGCCCAAAAGUAUGAUGUCGAGCUUGAUCCUGAGGUCCUCGACAUGCUCGAUACCGGGUGCCGCCAGAAACAUGUAACUGUGGUGGUGAAGAUAUACUGGGGCGAUGCAAGGGACAAGCUGUGCGCGGCGGUCGGUGAUCUCAAGCUUGACUGCUUGGUCAUGGGUAGCAGAGGCCUCGGCAGCAUUCAGAGGGUGAUCCUUGGGAGCGUGACCAGUCAUGUGAUGGCGACCGCGACUUGUCCGGUGACCAUCGUCAAGGAACCGACUUCUCAUGGUUUCUGAUCAAUCUGGACUGUUGCAAGGGACGACUGAUUAUUUCGUAUAUAGUGUUUGUGCUUCCGGUGUUAGAGUGCGCUGCUGCAUAAGCUUUUCGCCCUUUGUUUGAUGUACUGUUGUAAUUCGAAUUUGAUGGACUAAGUUUGUAUUUCAGCUCUUCAUGUAUCUCCCUAAUGCUGUUUCCUUUUGGUUGA